AUGCUGCGACGCAUCGCCAGCCGCACGCUCCGCGAGCCCGUCGCUCGCCCGUCGUCGCCUGGACCCCAGCCUGUCGCCGCCACCUCGGCUGCCGUGCUGUCGUACCAGUAUCAGCUGCUGCAGCAGUCGCGCGGCCUCGUCUCGUCCGUGCUUCUCAGCAGCACCCGCGACGCUUACGAGACCAAGAAGAUCGCCGAACUCAAGGCAGACCUCAAGUCGCGCGGCCUCGCUUCCACUGGCCGCAAGGACGACCUCAUCAAGCGCCUCGUCGACCACGACUCGUUCGUCAAUGGUAGCACCGCCAACAUCUCCUCCAUUCCCAGCUUGCGCAAGAAGUCCACCCUUGCCUCGCUCCGCGACGGCGCCAGCAAAGACGCCAACAAGGACGCCAAGAAGGCCGACGCGCCCGCUCCCCCCGCGCCCACCUCCCAGUCCGGCCAUGCGGUCGUGAAGGGUACGCCUCCCUCCAAGGACGGCGGCGAGCCCAAGGGCCCCAUCGUCGAUGCCGACACCGCCAAGGCCGUCGCAAAAGCCUCCAAGCCGCUCGGCAGCAUGAAGGAGUCCGAGACGCCCGCCAACCUCGAGCCUGGCACGGUGCACAACGCUGCUGCCGACGGUCUCGCCGGCGAUGCCACCGCCAAGGCGUCGCCCUCGCAGCCCGACGAGGGUCCGGCCAAGAAGACCACGCCGCCCGGUCUGCCGCCCCACAAGGCGCCCCAGCCCAAGGAGACUUUCAACGUGCAGAUCCCCUACUACCCGGACGCGCCCGUGCCAGGACCCGAGAUCCCCGUGGUGACAUCGUACACCUCGCCGCACCUGCGCCAGCCCGCCAGCUCGACGGACAACUCGCCGUUCAUGCCCAAGGCCAUCAGCGUGUCGGCGAGCUCGGCCAUCUCGCACGCGUCCGACAUGAGCGAGCACUCGAAUUCGAACUCGGACGACUCGUCGCGCCAGAAGGGCAUUCUUGCCGAGAUCCUCGCCGACAUCCAGGCCAGCACGGGCAGCGACGGUGACAAGCAGUCGGCACUCAAGGGCAUCAACAAGAGUGUCGAUGCGGCCAAGGAUGCGUGGUCCAGCGUCGCCGAGCAGGCCAAGGGUGCGUUUGCCUCCGCGGCAGGUGGCGAGUCGUCGUCCUCGUCGGGAUCGCCCGGAUCGUCGGGCUCGGGCUCGUCGUCGCGCAGGACCAACCGUCCGCUGAAUGAGCAGGAGCGCUCGGGCGCAUUUGUGCUCGCCGGCAUCGUGGUGGGCGGCUUCGUGCUUGGUGGCCUCGGCAAGCCGAGCAAGGCCAAGGACGCCAAGGAUGCACACCACGACUCGAACAGCACGCAGCCCGACAGCACCACCGAGGCCAAGAGCGUCAAGGUGGUGGUUCCUGUCGCGGCGAUUCCAAAGGGCGACCGUGCGCGUGCCGAGGAGGACGCCAAGCCGACGGGCAGCGCCGUGCCCGUGCCUGCGGGCAGCAAAGUGCUGGCGCCCGUCAUGUGUGUUCCCAAAGGAACUCAGCUUUCUGCCGGCGUGGAUGCGAGUGCUGCGCUCGCACGCCUCGCACAGCUGUCCACUUGCGAGGUUUCGGAUGCGAUGCUCAAGCUCAACCUGAGCGGUGGAGGGUAUUUGCCUGGCAUCGAGAUGUACUCUCCCAACGGCGCGGAGAAUGUACGCGUAUGUGGACCGGCUUGUACGGUUCGAAUGGUUUCUCAGCAGGACACUUCGGCGCCCAAACCUGCGCGUCACUUUGUUGAUUCUGCCGAGGGUCACGAGGGCAGCGUUAUGGUGAUCGCUGCGCCUUCGCUCGCUAGGUCUGCAGUAUGGGGUGGACUUAUGACUGCCCGUGCGCAGUACCUUGGUCUGCAGGGGGUAGUGGUCGACGGUCGAUGCCGCGAUCUAGCCGAGCACCGUGAUGCCGGGUUUGCAGUAUUCGCAAGAGGCCAUUCGAUCCAAGGCCAAAGCCCAUUCACCCGACCAGCCCAACUUCAAGUCCCCAUCACCAUCUCCGAUCCAACCAUCACCAGCGAGGGAGACAAGCUCAACCCUGCUCCUAAAGAGGUCACGGUGAGACCGGGAGACUUGGUGCUUGCUGAUCAAGAUGGAGUCGUGAUCGUUCCACCCGAGAACGUCGAGGAGGUGGUUAGGCUGGCGGAAAAGGGUAGGGCGGAAGACGAGUUGUGCAUGCGAGAUAUUCGUGCCGGUAUGCCCGUCCAACAAGCCUUCGCCAAGAACCGCACCAAGUAG